AUGAAAUCUCAACGGUCCUGGGCAGAGAUUCUCGCCUUUCGCCAUUUCUUCACUUCCUCGUUUCAAUACUCCGUCAUCGUCACCUCGAUACUCCUCGCCAAAGUCUUGCACCUCUUUAGCCAUGUCACUUCGCUACCCCCUUUGUUAUUUCUCUUAUACCUCCCGACUUACCUGGCCUUGGACGUCGUCGCCGCUGCAGCGACGUGGAACCUGGUCCACCUGAAAUGCCAUGGCCUGCUCUCAGUGUUCCUCUCGCUGGUCCGACGGGUCAUCUGCCUGGGCAUUAUAGGAGCGGCAUCAUGUCAGAUCUCCUUCUACCUCGAGAUGGGUUCCGAUAUCAAAUGGGGAGCGGCAAAGAACUUUGCGCACGAUCGGGCUGGAAUGAAACUCUUCAUGUCCGGAAGUAAGCACGCCGCAGUUAUUGCGGCCGUCAUCACCAUAACAGCACGGGCGAUUUCCCAUCCCCUAUACGCCGUCACGAAUAUUCUCGCAUCGACCGUGGUCAAGGUUAUCAUCCCCCGCCGGCUGCGACAACGACUAUGCGGGGGUUUGGAGUAUAAAGUCAUACCCGGCGAAGACGAGGCUCCCGUAAGCCAGGAGGAUAGGUCCUUGGAUGGCGGGUCGUUGAAUGCCGAGCCCAAGGCCGGUCUCGAAAAUGAAAUAUCCGGGGGCCCUUCAUGGUUGACUCGGAUCAUGGUACUCGCACCUAUCAUUACCACAGCUAUACUUUUAGUAGUACGACCUCCAAAUCCCCCGUUCGGCCACAUGUCCGGAACUCUACCCUUCACCCUCCUCGAGAUCUGGAGCCCGAGUGCACAAGCCAUUUGCCGAGCCGGCCACUUGCCAGACGAAAUCAUCUUUCCUCUACCGCAACUGGUGUCAAGCACGCAUUGGGAGCCUACCAAGGAUAACUUUCCCGGAUGGAUGCCAAAAGCAAAAACAUCCACUUCUGAUCUAAAAGGAUGGGAUCGUACGCUUGCACAGUCAUGGCUCCCUGUAGGGCGUAUUAAUGGUUUUGAUAGAUGGUACGACAAUUUGUCGAGCGUUGAAGGGGUCAACUAUGACCCAGUUCGUGAUCCAGUACGAAUUACAAACCUCGACCAAGAUCUGCUUGCGCCUCUUGCAGAGCUGAGGAAGCACAAUGCCACUAUAAAGCAUAUUGUCAUGAUAUCAUUGGAAAGCACUCGAAAGGAUGUCUUCCCUUUUAAGAAAGAUUCGAACAUUCACAAUCUUGUCAAGCGAUCGCACAAAACAAGCGAGAGCGCAGCAGAAGCCGAUGUGCACCUGGCUACUCUGACACCGAAUGCCGAGAUCCUUACUGGUGAAGAGAGACGCUUUGACUUUAAUAAACGGCCUAUCUCCGAGUCCAGGACGUGGCGAGACACGAGUAAGGAGAUGGGGGGCAUCAAUGUUGCUGGAGCUUUCACUACGAGUACCACAACCUUCAAGAGCAUGAUUGGCAGUCACUGUGGGGUCCAACCGCUACCUGUAGACUUUACAGUUGAGGCGCACGGCCAUAUAUACCAGCCGUGUGUUCCUUCUAUACUCGAGCUCUUUAACAGCAACAAAGCCAACACUUCCACCCCCUCCGAGUUUACAUCGAUGCCAUGGAAAUCCGUCUUUGUUCAAUCAAUCACAGACCACUAUGAUCAUCAAGACGAGCUGAAUAAGCACAUUGGAUUCUCAAAGGUCAUAGUGAAGGACGACCUUCUUGACCCGUCUUCGAAGUACUACCCACCGACGGAAGAGGAAUCAAACUACUUCGGCUUCCCUGAGUCACAAGUAAAGCCGUACUUACGCGACCUCUUCCACGAAGCUGAAGAGAAGAACGAGCGGCUGUUCCUGUCCCACUUUACGAGCUCGACCCACCACCCAUGGAAUGUGCCAAAGGGAGGUGGCGAAGAUAUUGAGUACCUUGCCAGGAACAGGUUGAAGAAGAACCAUCAGCUGAACAGCUACCUGAAUACAGUCCGGUAUGGGGAUAAGUGGAUUGGGGAGGUGAUGGACCUGCUCGAGGAAAGCGGCAUUAUAGACCAGACGCUAGUUGUUCUAGUUGGAGACCAUGGCAUGGCUUUCCGCGAAGACUCCAAAGUCUACAGCACCUUCGAGAAUGGGCACAUCACCAACAUGGAAGUCCCGCUGGUAUUCUUCCACCCCAAACUCCCCCGUACCCAGCUCGACGUUAGGACGACCUCUCUCUCCAUAAUUCCCACCAUCCUCGACCUCCUAAUCUCCACCGACUCCUUAAACUCCCAAGACCUAGACAUCGCGAGCAACCUCGUCCACCAAUACGAAGGGCAGAGCCUGAUCCGGCCCUACCAGACAACCAAGAACGGCCGCCAAGCAUGGGUCAUAUCGGUCCUCAACGCCGGCGCCGCCCUCCUCUCCAUCUCCACGAGCGCCUUCCCCUUCCGGCUCAUCAUACCCGUCUGCAAAUCCGGGCUGUACAGGUUCACAUCGACGGACGUGGACCCGCACGAGCUCACCCCCACCGAAGCCAACUCCAUCCUCGAUUUAACCGCGCUGGUGGCGAAACUCAGCCCCGAGGCGGCGGCCUGGGUCGUGGAUGCCGAGAAGGUCGGGAAGUGGUGGGUGCUGGAGCAGAGGAGGCGCUGGAGGUAUCAUGGCGCAGCGCGGCAGGAGGAUAUGACGGCGAAGCAGAUGCAGGGUGCGGGGACGGAGCCGAAGAAGCAUUGGUGGAAUACUUAA